GCAGCCGGUUAAUGAUUACACUGCUCUGCACUGUGUGUGAGAGUGACAGUGAGUGGCCUCGGUGUUGUGGUGAACGGCCAUGUCGGAGCAGCGAGUGUGUGUGUCGGACUUUGAGAAGGAAGCCAGGAAAGUUCUUCCUAAAGCUGUAUAUGACUACUACCGCUCAGGGGCUGAUGAGCAGAAGACACUGGGCGACAAUGUGGCUGCCUUCAACAGGUGGUAUCUUGUCCCCCGGGUGUUGAGGGAUGUGUCCUCAGUGGAUCUGUCUGUCUCUGUGCUGGGACAGAGGCUCAGUAUGCCUCUGUGUGUUGCAGCCACAGCCAUGCAGAGGAUGGCUCAUCCUGAGGGGGAAACAGCUACAGCAAGAGCAUGCCGAGCAGUGGGAACAGGGAUGAUGCUGAGCUCCUGGGCCACCUCCACCAUAGAGGAAGUGAUGUCAGCGAUGACAGCCUCACCGCAUGCGGGGGGCGUCCUGUGGCUGCAGCUCUAUAUCUACAAAGACCGAGAGCUCACACUGUCAUUGGUACGCCGUGCAGAGGAGGCGGGCUAUAAGGCUAUCUUUGUUACCGUGGAUACACCAUACCUGGGGAGGAGAUGGGAUGACAUGCGCAACCGCUUCAAACUGCCCCCACACCUGAGUAUGUCUAACUUCUCCACAGCCUCCCUGGCUUUCUCUGAGGGUAACUAUGGAAACGACAGUGGUUUGGCUGUUUAUGUUGCCAAAGCCAUUGACCCCACUCUCUGCUGGGAAGACAUCAGCUGGCUGAAGAAACACACACAUCUGCCUGUGAUCGUGAAGGGAGUAUUGAAUGGUGAGGAUGCUGUCCAGGCUGUGAACCAUGGAGUCAGUGGCAUCCUGGUGUCCAAUCAUGGCGCUCGACAACUGGAUGGAGUUCCUGCUACGCUGGAUGUGUUAGAGGAGGUGGUGCAGGCAGUGCAGGGUCGCUGUGACGUCUACUUGGACGGAGGAGUGAGGCGAGGGACGGACGUCCUGAAGGCCUUAGCUCUGGGGGCCAAGGCCGUCUUCAUCGGUCGACCGGUGCUGUGGGGCCUCGCCUGUCAGGGGGAACAGGGAGUUAUUGAGCUCCUGGAACUUCUCAAAGAGGAGUUGCAGCUGGCUAUGGCACUGUCAGGUUGUCGC